AUGGACAAUUAUCAGCUUUAUGGACGAUACCAAUGAUGAACAUUCUGACAUUCUGGAAUAUCAAUUUAGAAACAACCAAGUAGGGUUCACUGAAUACGCAAGAAUGCCCAAGAAUGAAUGCAGUUCCCCACCUCCUUCCCUUUGCAACUAAGUACGUCACCCGACGCGCUACCUCAUGCUAGGUAAAUGAAUGAAUGAACGAACGACUAGUAGAGUACAGCUCUACUUCUUGUUAUCACCAUUACUGGGUCGUAUCCUAAAAUCGUAUGAUUGAAAAAUCGUGUGAGAGAGCCUAAGAACGUAGGUCGUGUUCUCGAGAGCAGUUCAUGGACUUUGCAGGAUGUCUAAGCCAAACGCAGUGCAUUUACCCGUCUGCGAGAAUGUAUUUAUUUCAUGGAGAUCGAGAAUCGAGAUCGAGUUGUUGAACUUGAACAUUGCAACGACUCAUUGUCAAAUACAACGCGGCGCAAAGUCAUGCUUCAUAGUCGUCCUUCUAACUAUUGAGAACGCAGGUCUGCGGAUCAUUCAGGAAUGCUCAUGAUGACAGUUGCUAGUCUAGUUCAAUAUCUUCAAUUUAUCAUCACGACUAUAGCCUUGAUUAUAGCUCUUGCUCGUGCGGUGGAUGCGUCAAUCUAGAAGCAAACCAACGUGAAAGAUUUAGUUUAUUCCUGCUAACUCCUAUUUUGAUACAUCAUGUUGAAGGUUUGAAUAAAGUUCAUCUUCAUCUUCUCUGGGGUUGUUGGUCUUUAAGCUAGGACAUUUUGUUGAGCUUCAGAUCGUAGGACAUCGAGCAAAAUGGCUGGCGUAGGUGGUGGUGCAGUGGGAAGCGGUGGGGCUGCAGGCGCAAUCAGACGAUUGAAUCGGGAGUUGAAAGAAAUAAACCAAAACCCAUCCAAAUUUUGGACAGCGGAGCCUGCGAAUGAUGACCUUUUCGAAUGGCAUUUCACCCUCAAGGGACCUGCUGGUAUUUACACAUAUCAAUCUUUACACCCAGUAUUGGUAAGUUGUUCGUUGUUCAAAAAAAUUCAAUGAUGAAGAUGAUGAAUGCGUCAUUUUGAUCAUCUUCAAAAAUGGUUGAAUCUAGUACGUAGAAAGAAAAAAAUAAUGGCCGGCUCCACCCUCGAUGCGUCCUCUGCCUACGACAAUUCAGCUGCAUCAGCACUUCUCUCAUAAGAGCAAGAGGAAUAACUUCGCACUUCUCAUCUUCAGGCAGCGACUUUGAGGAGGGUAUAUAUCACGGACGCAUUGUCUUGCCAUUAAACUACCCAUUCGCGCCACCGCAUAUCAUGCUUCUCACUCCGAACGGUCGAUUCGAAACCAACAAGAAAAUUUGCCUCAGUAUCAGUAACUACCAUCCGGAAUUGUGGCAGCCAGCAUGGGGUCUGCGCACUAUGAUAGAAGCCCUGCGAAGCUUCUUCCCGAGUCCGCCAGAAGGAGCAUUGGGUAUUAAGAGCCUAGACCUCGACGACUUCGUACUCACGAGCACCUUGACCUCAGACGUGUUUUAGGUAAGGACUCGUAGAUGCUAGUAAGUGCGUGUAUCACAACAUAAAGUAUCUGUUGAUGGCAAGGUCAAGGAUGGCAAGCUGUGCUGGUAGCAAAACAAGCAUUUUAUCAUUAGAAAAAUGUUGAAAUUCAAAUUCACGGUGAAAUCUUACUAUCUAUCGAAACAUUCAGGUGCCUUGAAUUAUCCAUCUGAAGUACGAAAACGAAUCGCAAAGACGGAAACGCGGCAAUGGAGAUGUCCCGUUUGCGAGAAAACGAAUGAGGAGCUGCUACCCUAUUGUGAUGAGGUUGAAGAGAAAAAACCUGAAGAGGAGGCCGCGAGUAAACUUAUGUUGAUCUGUAUUUUUAUCAAUGAUUCUUGUGAUCCAAGAAGAAGAAGAACAUCAAGAUAGACAUCAUAGAUGAAGAACACUGGAGAUUUUCAAUGAUCAUGAUAGCUUUUCUAUCUUUAAUAUCUGGACCACUUUGAGAACUUCAAAGGAUGACAGUAGUGCCAUUGUUCUUGGUGAGUUUCAGCUUCUAAGCCAGGGUAUAGCAUAAUACAACAGAGAUCAAAAAUUCUCUGGAUUUAUCUCUAAGAAGCCAGCGGAAUCAACAGCGACACCAGCUGACGCAGCUACGACAGCUGCCGCAGUCGUCAACAAGGAGAAUGUUGAUGUUAAUACAACAGUACCAGCAUGUGCAAAUUCUGCUGAAAAUAACACGACCACGAGUAGCGCAACAGCCCCAGCUGUCUUGGAUAAUGCAGCUCCACCCGCUGCGCCGCCCGUCGCUGGGCAGACUUCUGGUGCGGAACAAUUUACAUUACCUUCUCCGAGUUCUGUAGUGCCGUUGCCUCGUGAAGUAGUCGGAUCAAGUGUCGCUUCUCCGGCAACGAGCACUGGAGGCUCGCCAACGGUCGCCGAUGGCGGCGCUACACCAAGUGCUCCUCUAGGAACCGCGCAGCUCACUUUCGUUGAUGCGAGCAAGGGCAACGUCGUUCAUGCCGAUGAAUUUCAAACUUCUACACAAGUCACGACUGCAGGUGCAGGAGAGGUACAACAGGUAAACCUCGUAGCUGCUUCUAACUGCGCCAGAACUUCUGAGGACCAAAAGCACAUGCCUAGUGCCUCAGACCCACUAGGAUGUGGAACGGGCGAAGAAAAAGGCAAGCCGAGCGGGGACGAGGCGCCAUCGACGACGUCUUGGUCUUCUUCAGGCCACGACGUCGAUCAACAGGACAGUGCAUUGCGGGACUUUCUCCUGGCAGGUGAGCAAGAGUGCGUGUCGAAUACAAAGACGAGUGAUCAAAGCCUAGGUGGAGGAGGUGAUGUGCCGUCAGGCGCGACGCCGACGGCGGCAGCAGUGGCCGGACAAGUGUCAGCAUCCGCGUCUGGUGCAGCUGGAGCUUCUACCACAAGCACUGCGGGAGCAGCUGCAACGGGAGUUGUAAGUAAAUCUGCUACCGCUGGCACGACCUCCACGACCACGGCGACCGCCGCAUCUUCGCAACAAUCUUCUUCGUCGGUUGAAGCUACAACAGUACUAGUUUCAGAAGUGAAGAAAAAUCGAUCUGGAGAAGGUGGAGAUGCAACAAGUGCUGCAUCGACCUCUGCUGCUGCUGCUGUGUCUUCGAGUAGUAUUUUCCCCGUACCGGCUAGUAUGCGUAAAAAUCAACGAAAGCCGCAAGAAGUGCGCGAUGACGUCGACUCACUGGUGCGGCAACAGAAGGAAUUUACGGAUAAUUUAGCGGCAGCGCAAGCGCAGCACCAAGAGUCGUGCUGUUCAUCCACGACUUGCUCGUCCAAGCCGUCGAAGGCUUCCUCCUCCACAUCGCGUAAAAAGAAGGAAACCGGCAAUAUUUUGAUAGAGUUGCUGCCGGAAGCGUCACCAGUUCUUACCCUGGACUGCAUUUCAUUUGUGGUGGCCUUCGUGUUCUGCACCCUUUUCUUCGAGUACAUUCGGAAUCCACCAGGACCACUCAGCGACAGCUAACCACCAUGCUUAGGGGCCUGCUAUCAAGAAAAGAGAGCCGUUGACCUCUAUUAGAUAAAGCAAUACUAGCCCUUGUUGAAAGAGCUUCUGGUUCUGUAGAAGUCAGUGCUACAUCAACUUCGCCAUGUGCGAUUGGAUUUUGAUUAUAACGCCAGCGUCAACUUGACCUCCCUUGCCCUGAACCCUAGGUACUGUCCUCCGAUGAUUCUUACUCCCAUGCCCAAGCCCCAAUGACGCUUCGCCUCAUCUCUUGAAGACUUGACAAAAGUUGAGUCAUAGCCUCAUCCACGCUCUGGCUCUGUUCUUCUAGAGUAGAGUUGACUCUGCGAACAGUGCCCUUAUUUCUACUCCCUUCUAUUUAGCACUAGACCCGCCUUGAGGAUGUAGGCAAGAAGUCGGCGCUCAUAAAUGUGCUGACACAACAUCAAACUCAAACCACACGGCUACAACUGUCUUGUAGCAGGCGUUGAGAAUACCACAAUGUUGGACAAAAACUGGCUAAACAAUAUGUCGCGGCAUUUGAGAUACCCAGACAGGUGUGCGUUUAUUGAGGUGAAAUUUUCAAUGCCAAGCAAUGGAAACCAUGACGAGAAGGUGACUGACGCAGCAGCUUAUCGGAGUUAGAUUGAAGCAACAAG